AUGAUAAGGUCAGUAAGGAGGGUUUUCAUUUACGUAUCAGUAUUCGUAUUGAUACUGAUUUUGAAAAGACAAUUAAGUACCACCGAUCAAAUGUCGAUGAAACAGCCAGUAGUGGUCAUUGGUUCUGGGCUAGCAGGUCUAACCACAAGUAACCGUCUCGUAAGCAAAUUUAAAGUUCCUGUGGUGCUGCUAGAUAAGGCUGAUUCCAUAGGUGGGAACUCUAUCAAAGCAUCUAGCGGUAUUAAUGGUGCUCAAACAGACACCCAACAAAAACUAAAAAUUAUGGACACUCAAGAAUUGUUUCUAGAAGAUACUAUGCACUCCGCAAAGGGGAGGGGAAUUCCCUUACUAAUGGACAAGUUGACCAAAGAAUCCAGGAGCGCUAUAAAAUGGUUACAGACGGAAUUCAAUUUAAAACUUGAUCUUCUUGCACAGUUGGGGGGUCAUUCUGCUCCAAGAACCCACAGAUCUUCUGGUAAACUGCCACCAGGGUUUGAAAUCGUGCAGGCACUAUCGCAGAAAUUGAAAGGUAUUUCUUCUGAAGAUUCUAAUCUUAUGAAGAUUAUGCUAAAAAGUGAAGUUGUUGAUAUUGAGCUGAAUAAUGACGGCCAUGUCACUGGUGUAAUAUACUUAGAUGAGAAUGGCACCCGAAAAAUCCUGAAGUCUCACCACGUCGUCUUUUGUUCAGGCGGUUUCGGUUUCUCUAAGGAGAUGCUAAGAGAGUUUUCACCGAAUUUGAUUCACUUGCCAACCACUAAUGGUAAACAAACGACAGGGGAUGGACAGAAAAUUCUCUCUAAAUUAGGCGCUGAACUGAUUGAUAUGGAUCAAGUGCAAGUCCACCCCACUGGCUUUAUCGACCCAAAUGAUCGCGAAAAUAAUUGGAAGUUUUUAGCUGCAGAAGCACUAAGAGGUUUAGGGGGGAUCUUAUUACACCCUACCACUGGUAGACGGUUUACCAAUGAGUUGAACACCAGAGAUGCGGUGACCAUGGACAUACAGUCUAAGUGUCCAAGAAAUGAUAACAGAGCUCUUUUGGUUAUGAGUGAAAAAGUUUACGAUAAGUAUACAAAUAACAUCAACUUUUACAUGUCCAAAAAUUUGGUCAAAAAAGUGCCCAUUAAAGACUUGAUUCAAAACUAUGGCCUACAGACUACGGCGCAAGACUUGGUUAACGAAUUGAAGAACUAUUCUGAUGUUAAUACCAAGGAUGAAUUUGAUAGAUCAUUAAUUACCAACGCCUUUGAUGGAAAUAUUGCACCCGAAACUUCUGUGUAUGUAGGUGAGAUUACGCCUGUUGUUCAUUUCACCAUGGGUGGUGUGAAAAUCAAUGAAAACUCUCAAGUGAUUAUGAAGAAUUYAGAGAAGGUAUUGUCCAAAGGCCUAUAUGCCGCAGGUGAGGUAUCUGGCGGCGUCCACGGAGCCAAUAGAUUGGGUGGAUCCAGUUUAUUGGAGUGUGUCGUCUUUGGUAAGACAGCUGCUGACAACAUAGCAAAAUUAUAUUAA